GCAGCAGAGUCUUGAUGUCAUAAUGGCAGCAAAUAUUUACUAGCAGCCGGUGGUUCUUUCCUCACCAGCCAAAGUAUAAAGGCUUCUGAAAGCUCCCCCGCAUGAGACUCCAAUCCUUAUUACCAAUUACACAUUUAUUCUCUUUCUGACAGAAGGAAAUCCCACAAGAACAUCUAGGACAAUGUUCAAACCCAUUCGAACCGCUCCAAGACUACGGUUCAUACUUUCGGAGCCGACUAAGCCAGGGAGUCGAUUUGUUUAUUUUCGGAACAUAUCAGCGAGCUCCCGCAGUCGUACUUCAUCCAAUCUCCCUACCGUAAACCGAAAGACUGUCGCUACUACACUAGGAUUGUUAGGCGGCCUUGCUAUUUGCCAAUGGCCGUCCGGGAUGGAAGUGCGUGCCGAAGCUCCUCCCGACACUUCUACUGAAGAUCUUAGAAGGAAGUUAAGCGUACAGCACAUCCAGGUUUGCUGAAGAACUUCUAGAAGAAGCCUCGAGCACCAACCUUCUAAUGGUGUCUGUAAUUUAGGUAGAAAAUAGUCUACAAAGCCCGGGUGUCUACGCAUGGGGAAACAAUGUGUACAUGCUUCUCUCCCAGCAGUCAAAAUGUAGAAAGUAACUAACUCGCAGAAGCGGCCGAGUGGUAGCUCCUGAUUCGGACGAGACUCCUAUAAAGUCACCCCGUCGUCUCCCCUUCUUUGACAAUAUGCUGCUUCGGGAUCUCAGGUUGGACCACAACACUGGGGGUGAGCAGCCAUUCUCCCUUACUUUGGGCGAAUUAAUAGGCUGAUUUUAUACGCAGUCGCCGUAACGGAAAAGGGAGAUCUGCUCCAGUGGGGCACAGCCUAUGCAGAUGGCAUCAAAACACCAGAAGUCACGCUGAAAGGAAAGAAUAUCGUAAAAGCUCAACUUUCGCGAGACAGGAUCCUUGCCCUUUCAAAACACGGAGCAGUUUACAGUCUCCCAAUAGCUAAAAAAUACCAACUCUCUGGCACAAAACCCUCUGAACCCUCUUGGAUUCCCGGUUUAAGUUCGGAAGCCAAUAUCCAUUAUAGGACACUAAAACCGGCGUUAGGAUACUUUGAAAGGCAAGCUCGAGCAUUCACUUUUUUCGCCUUGCAUAACAUUGACCAUUGCCAGCGUUACGGACGUAGCUUCCGGUCUUGAUCAUGUCCUUCUCCUCACUUCUGAAGGCCGUGUGUUUUCGGCAGCUGCUUCUUCCUCGUUCCCAGCAAAGGGGCAGAUGGGUGUUCGAGGGUUGACCUAUGCUGCCCGUCCGAAGGACAAGCCGUACGACACUUGUCACGAAAUUACCGGCCUCAAUAGUCAAAAGAUCACGAAAAUUGCAGCUGGUGAUUACCACUCCCUAGUUUGUGAUAACAAGGGUCAGGUAUUCUCGUUUGGGGAUAAUACGAACGGUCAACUUGGGUUUGACUAUGACCCCGAAAACAACCUUGUCCUGACUCCCACACCUUUAUCAUUAAAGUCCCAAUACCCGGGGGGAAGCCUAACGGCGACAGUAAAGACCUUGGCUGCCGGCGGGGCAAACAGUUACUUUGUGGUGGAUGUUGGGGACACGGAGAAAGGAAGAGUCAACUCAGAUUUACUCGCUUGCGGGACUGGGAUUUUUGGGAACCUAGGAAAUGGAAGGUGGACUCAUGUCCAGGGGUCACCGAUUAAGGUCAAAUCUUUGAGCGGACUCUCUGAAUGUCAGCUUCCCACUCCCCAAACCCCUUCAAAGGGCCAGUUGUUAGCUAACCCACCAUGGUUUCCAGACGAUGAAAGGGCCAAUAAAGUCAUACCUAUAAGGCCAAAAUACCUUUCGGUUGGCGCAACUCAUACCUCUGCCAUCAUGGAUAACCUCACAAAAGUAGACGCUUCCUCUUCCCCGAACUCGCCUGUGCAUGAUGUCAACUAUGGCGCCGAUGUGCUUUGGUGGGGUAACAACGAGUACUACCAACUCGGAACAGGCAAGCGCGCAAAUUCGUGCGUGCCCGUAUAUAUUCCGCCCCUCGAUCCCGUUCCAGAAGAUAUGGCUGUCGACAGGUCCGACGGCAUGACGGGCUCCUCGACCAAAGGAGCCUUGACAAGAAAGAGCGGCAUCAUAGGCGGAAAGGGCGAUGACGUUGGAGGUGGCAUGUCGACCGGAAUGGACCAGGUGCAUAGAUUCCAAAUCACCCCCAGGAAAAAAGGCAAUAUUGCAGGGAGGAGGGUGGAAUUUGAGCAGAGGAUCUCCUGCGGCCGAGGGAAUACUGCGGUUUAUUCAGCAGUUUAAAACGAACGACCCGACCCCGUCUCUAAUUCUUAACCGGACCGGGUCCUGCAAAAUAGAGUGUGGAGGAAAGAAAGUUCUUUGCCCACCCGCCCACUGGGAAACCAGGUGUAUAAUAAUUAUUUAACUCACGUCACGUCAGGGCAUGAGAUGUGUCCAACCACCGGCACAGUUGGCGUGGGGAAAAGGUGUUCACAUAAUCUCACUCGAUUUUUUUUUUAAAAAAGAAGCAUGAUACAGUAUGAUAGGUUCCAACGGUGCGUUGGCCCAGAAACCAUGUACAGUAUUACCUCCUUCACAGGAAGCGAAAUUGCGCUGCGGUAACGAACUCGUAGGGCACAGCCCUCGUGUGGCACCGAUUUGUAACCUUGCAAGGCAAUUCCCCAGUCGCAAGUUGUUUUAGCCAGCUCACCCGUUUUGGUAGUAAGGGUACCGUAUGAUACUCGAGCACCGUACGAGUACAGUAUGUACCUGUUUGGUGAUGGCGAGCCGACCGGGCCAGCUUGCUUUGAUACUGUGGUGUAAUAGUACUCGAGUGCUCGUUAACUCGAGCGUAGUACUCGUACCUGCCCCUGGUCCAGUUCAUGCGAUCGGUCCCCC